AUGAAUUCGCUAUUCAAUUCUGCUCUCAAGCAGUCAUCUGCGAUUCGCCGCGACUUAGACACGUUCGCACAAUCCCCUGCCACAACACCUGCAGCGUUACAAGGCCAGGUUGCAGCGUCUUUAGCGUCGCUAUCCAGGACGAUUGACGACUACUCUGCUUUAUCGAAAAGGGAAUUAAUACCAGAGAAGCAGGAAAAGGCGUUCGAGAGAGUCAAGAACUUCCGGGCAGAACUACAAGAUUAUCGACAACAUUUCGACCGACUACGGAAAGAGAGAGAGGAUGCUCAAUCUGUGACCAACCGCCAUGAGCUUCUCGGUCGUCGUCCGCAUCACACAGCUACACCUGAGAACCCUUAUGCCCAGCCUUCGGUGGCCCACGAUUCACCAUUUGCGCCUUCUUCAUCGCGGUCGGGCACUGGUUUUGGAGGGUCGGACUAUACUCGGGAAACGCAUGCACUAAGGGAGCAAUCCCUCCUAUCAAGCACAAGCUCCCAGCUUGAUGAUUUCCUUGAUCGGGGCCGUGCUGUGCUUGCUGACCUUGGGCAGCAGCGGGAAGUACUAAAGGGCACACAACGCCGUCUUUACAGCGUCGCAAACACCCUCGGCGUCAGCGGAGAAACAAUUCGAAAGGUUGAGCGGCGAGCGAAGCAGGAUAAAUGGAUUUUUUGGGCAGGAGUGAUACUAUUCCUCUUGUUCUGUUGGGCGGUGAUCCACUUUUUGAGAUGA